CUCUCCGACCUCGGCUGAAGGACACGGCUUCGCCACUUCCAGCCUAGUUUCACUUCGCCCCUCAAAUACCCCGAUGCCGGUUGGUCGGCUAUCUCCUAUCAUUCCCAUGAUCUUUCACUCUUGUUUUCGAUACAUUGGGUAAGAUGGCAGCAGUAGAUGGCGCAGAGGUAGCGCAGCAUGACAAUAGGAAGUCGUGUUGGAUUGUUCUCGACUCCAAAGUGUACGAUGUCACGAAGUUUCUUUCGAAGCAUCCAGGCGGAGCAGCUAUCAUAUUGAAGAACGCUGGCACGGAUGCUACCGAGGAAUUUAAGAAGUACCAUCCCUUGGACUAUGUAAAGGAUCUAUCGGAGGGAAGCAUAGUUGGACCUAUCAAUCCAGAUACAUUAGGAAGGCUGCGAGAGAAAAAAGAAGUCAAUGCCGCACCUGCAGACUCCGCAAAUACCGACAGAGAGAUACCCCACCUUACCAUGUGUGUAUCAUGUCCAGAUUUUGAGAGAGCAGCGAGAGCUGUGCUCCCGCACAAGAGCUUCGUGUAUGCUAGCACAUCGGCGAACACCGGACUAUCAUUGAAGACGAAUCUUGACGACUGGGGUCGUAUCAACUUCCGCCCGCGCGUGAUGCGCAACGUAGGUGACGUUGAUUCUCGACGAUCCAUAUUUGGGCACACCUCGCAAUACCCAUUCUACAUAUCUCCUAUGGGCACGCUAGGUGCCAUCCAUCCAGAAGCGGAGCCAGAGAUGGUCCGCGGAGCAGUGCGGAAAGGCGCGCAUAUGGUGGUCAGUACAGCAUCGACAAAAACUUCACAGCAGAUCAUGCAAGCCUACAUAGACGAACAGACAAGGCUAAACAACAAGAGCCCAACGCAGUUAUUCUACCAAUAUUACAUGCCAGUGGAUCGCAAGAAGGCCAUCGAGCUGAUGCACAUUGUCAAAAAAUCGGGAUAUAAGGGCAUCUGGAUAACGGUCGACACACCUGUUCUCGGCAAGCGAACUGCCGAUCGCGUCCUGCAGGCGGAAGAAGCGCUCGCUGUAGGCCUGGAUGAGGAGGGUACGGCGGAGUGGGAAGCUGGGGGUGAGAACGCGUUUGCGCCUGCAAUGGGCGGACGAGUCGUCAGUGGCCAGCUGAGUCCGCACACAACAUGGGAAGAUCUAGCCUGGAUACGAAAGGAAUGGGAAGGCCCCAUUGUGUUGAAGGGCAUACAGACCGCCGACGAUGCAAAGCUGGCUUACGAGUACGGUUGCGAUGGCAUUUUGCUGAGCAACCACGGUGGUCGUCAAUUGCACACUGCGCCCAGCGCGCUCAUGACGUUGUUAGAGAUACGGACAUACUGCCCCGAAAUCAUCGGAAAACUGGAGAUCUUCCUCGAUGGCGGAUUGCGCGACGGAAGUGACGUUCUCAAGGCACUUUGCCUGGGUGCGACAGCCGUCGGAGUAGGUCGGCCCUUCAUGUACGCGCUUGCGGCAUACGGAAGUCAAGGUGUGGAGAGGUGUAUUGAUGUGCUUGCCGAGGAGCUUACUUUGGGCAUGCGCCUACUGGGCGUCACCGCAUUGGACCAGUUGAAGCCCGAAAUGGUGAAUGCAUCGCGACUACUGAACGAGAUGUGGAGACCAGAAAGCAACAGCAUCAGCAUCAAGAGUCGUUUAUAGUGAUGUUCCCAUCUGGUCUUGGGCAUCGUAGUACAUGUAACGCAGCGGUUGAAACCGCAUAGUAAAUGCAACAUCGAAC